AUGAGCGCGGCCGCCCCUUCUGUAGAAGCUCUUCUAAACGUUUCUGUUGAUUCUCUCGCCAAACACGUUGGAGUCGUCGAUGAUGGGCGGGGCGAAGUACCUGACUCCACGAGGAGCAAGCUUUUAAAGAUGCAGCUUGGGAUCUUGCAACGUCAACCACGCACGCAGCAGACUCCCAUCCAUCAAUCCCAAGCACCUUCGGAAAGUGAAUUCGCAGCGAAGUAUCUGCCCGAUCUGGUACAGCUCUUUCGAUCCAACUCUGGUGUCCUCAGUGCGCCCACGACACUCUUGAAUGUCAUCUCCUACACGCCAUACUUCGUUCGCUUCCUGCGUUAUCCUGCCGGGCAAGGCAUAGCUGUUCUCCAAACCAAACGCACUGCCGAGUCCGCAGCUGAGAUCGAUAACAUGAACGCCGACGAUGUUGCUGAGAUCACCCAAUUCCUCUCGACGAUCCUCCUUCUCCAACCUACCCCAGAAGUUGACGAAGCGGACAAGAAAAUACUGGUAAAAAAAUUGCGGCAAUGGGCGCCAAAGUUUCCGGGUCGCCUGGCGUCGAAUACCUGCGAAAGAUGUCUAGCCCUGUUAACCAACGACCCGAGGACGCGUCUGAUGAUGCAAGGCACGAAGCAGAUUUUGGAGCGUAGUUUAGUUCAAUGCGGAGGCGGACAUUGUACCCAGACCGUUCAGAACAAUGGUGCGGACCUUUUGCAAUGUGCAAGAUGCAAGUCUGCGGUCUAUUCAUCGAAUCGUAUUCAGGUGGCGAAAUGCGUCCGUCCGGGAAUUGCUGCCCGCUGUGAAAAUGGACCGGAAUUGGACAGACGACGGUGGAAAGUCCAGAAACAUGGACAGCUCAUAGAUUUGGAAACGACCUUAUCCACCCGUACCCUCCUUUUUCCAGUUCCCCCAGUUCUCAGCGAUUUUAGACCGCCGAGAUCCUUUACCGAGCUCUCAGAGCGACUCGUCCCCGACAGACUUGCCAUGGCUACCACCGAUGACAUCUUUCAGCAGGUAGAGGAAGAGAGCGAACGACGCGCUCAAGAGGAGGUCGAAACUCAAAAAUUGACACAAGAAGCGCUACGGCAGGUGGAUACGGAUGCCACCAUAAAACAGGUAAAAAGGCGGCGGAGAGGGAGCGUGUCGAUAUCGCGAAUAGGACAGUUGGUUGAAGAGUCUUUGCCCUCACCAAACCGAUUGACGAAGAUCUCCUCCAAUUCACCCUUUUACCAAGCGCAGAUAGAUAAUGCCAGCGACAACUCAAUCGCGUCUGGCGCCUCCGCCUUCUCUGACGAUAACGCGCAUGCAGAAGACCAAACCCAUGUCACACAGAUGCAUCGAAUAGCGGGUAAAGAGAGUCUCACCAAGAUGAUUCCCCGGAAGCUGAGUCGCGCACGCUCAGAAGUGAUACCUGGCACGGCCGACGGGGGUGUGGUCAUCGGGGUAUUAGUUCAAGAGGCUACUUGUCCAUGCGCCAGGGAGUAUUCGGCACCAGACAUCGCGAAUGACGAUAUCCGGUCCGACACCAGUGACAAGCACUUGGGUUGA